CUCGCCCUCCCCCCUUCCCCUUGAACCCCCACCCCCGCCGCGCCUGCACUCCGCUGGUACGCCCACGCCCACGGUCUCGUCUCCCCGACCACCACAAUCCCUACCCUUUUCAAAAAGAGGAGAGAGGGGAUCGGAGGAGAAUUUCUCCACUUCACCCCCAACAAGCAUCCCGACCACCACCACCCCCCGCUACCCCAGGAGAGAUUCACCCGCAAUGUCCGACGAGGCCACCAGGCGCUUGGCCGGGGGCGGCGGGGGCGGCGCGGCGCUGAGGGCCUCCUCCGACGUCGACCGCAAGCCGGCCGCCGCGGGCUCCCCGCCUCCUGGCGCCGCCGCCGCCGCGGGGCACAAGAUCCAGCUCAAGAGCGCCGACAUGAAGGAGGAGAUGCGCCAGGAGGCCUUCGACAUCGCCCGCGUCGCGUUCGAGAAGCACACCAUGGAGAAGGACAUCGCGGAGUACAUCAAGAAGGAGUUCGACAAGAACCACGGCCCUACCUGGCACUGCAUCGUCGGCCGCAACUUCGGGUCCUACGUAACACACGAGACGAACUACUUUGUGUAUUUUUACAUCGAUUCUAAAGCCGUCUUGCUAUUCAAAUCUGGGUGAUUGGCGUAGCUAAUAUCCCCUGCGCUUGUUGUCUUGUAUGCCUCUUUCCUCCGCGUUGUCUGCAACCAAAGCUGGAAGCCUGGAAUUCUGAGAGCCUGCAUGUUGUUGAUGUAUCAGCCGCGGAUCUUUUCCAUAUUCCAGCAAAUGUGAGAUUAGAUUGUGUGUCUAUUUUACGUCUGAUACAUCUAGGUGGUGUCCUGACAUUGCCUUAUUGUAAUCUGAUUGCCGGAAAGUCAGACAGAGGUUGUCAUCAACAAGGUAAAACUUGUGCUGAUCUGCUUAUAUUAUGCAUUCUCUGGCCACCGGGUUGCAGAAAUUGCAAUGAUUUCAAUGAAUGAUACCCUA